CCGAGGGAGGGAAGGAGGGGGAGAUGUGAAGCCAUUCAAUUCCUCUCCAGCAGCCAUCUUCACUUCCUCUUCUCAUUCCUCCCGCUACAUAUCUGUAAUAUCUGCCCUGAGAGAGCCAGGCGGGCUCCGCUCACUGCCCCGAUUUGUCUUGGCGGGGCGGGAGGUGACCCGGAUUUGCGGGGGCAGCUGAGGGACUCCCCGGGCAUCCAUCCCGGCAGCACAGAGGGAUACCGGGCGCAGGACGGCGGGGUGACGAGAGGACGCGGACAACCGGUUUCCAUCUGUAUAGUGAACAGUGACCACUCCUCAAUGCAGGCCCAACUCUCUGAGGAUACAGCUUCGCUGAGCACCUGACAUAGCGUUGGAUACAUUACCUCCAGGACUCUUUUUAUCGGAUUUACGUAGCGCGACAAAGUGCUUUCCACUGGGCUGUGGAGAGUGACUCUCAUCAUUGUGUCCGCACUAUAACUUUCUAGACUUUUAGCCAUGAGUGAAUUCUGGUUGUGUUUCAACUGCUGCAUUGCAGAACAACCGCAGCCUAAAAGGAGGCGGCGUAUUGACAGAAGCAUGAUAGGAGAACCCACAAACUUUGUUCAUACUGCACAUGUAGGAUCGGGAGAUGUAUUUAGUGGAAUGAAUUCCGUGAGUUCUAUCCAAAACCAAAUGCAGUCAAAGGGCGGCUACAGUGGCAACAUGUCUGCAAAUGUUCAGAUGCAGCUUGUAGAUACAAAAGCAGGAUAACCUUAGUAUUACCUGGAUCUUCUGGAUGGUUCUUAACUUCUUCCUUUUUGUCUUUGCUGCCCUCAUUUUGCAUCAGUGACUGCUUUCUGUGUUCUUCAUUGCGUGUAAGAUGAUGCAUUUGUACUCCUACAUGAAAAAGAUGAUGGCCUGUGCCGACGGUCUUAACCAAACGCAAAAGGGCACAAAGGGUUUACGCCAAAAUUAACAGCAAAAACAUCUUUGGAAUUAUUUUAUUUUUCCGAUCUACACAUUUUUCACCCUUUUUUUUAAAUUUUUUUUCUAUUUUUGAGGGGCGGUUUUUGUUUCCCUUUAGUUAAUUGCUAGAUGCAGGCCUUCGCUCACGGGUGUUGAGAAGGCCUGGGACCGUCAAGCACAAUGCUUAUUGAAAUUGGACUGUCAGUGAAGUAGAUGACUUGCAUGCUAUGUAAUGUUGCUUUGUACAGUGGGCCUAGAAAUGGGAAACUGCCUGUUGCUGAAGAUGAUGCUACAUGUAUAUGCCAAAAUUUCCUCCUAGAGCAACAGGAGUAAAGACUCCUAGAAUAGCUAUAUCACUUUUAGGUCUACCCAAAAUUGAUCUAGCCAAGGAUGAUGAUAAUAAUAAGACGUAAUAAUAAACCGCAUCCAUUCAUAAGGAAUUCUGUUGUAAAUGUUCACUAUAUUUAUUUGAAAGAUCUGACCUCGAGAUUGUAACCAGUGUAGUAACCUAUAAAGUAUUGUGUUGGUGCUUUUGUCUGUUCUAAAGAAAUACUAGAAUCGCCAUUCCUGCUUUCUUAACCAUUUACCUGCAAUAGUGCAUGUCAGACUGCCUGCAAUAAAUCCCAUAACCUGAUAUAAUGUACAGGCAACAGUCCCUCUGGUCUAGGCUGAGGCCCAGUUGUUGGGACAGCUACCAGCAUGGCCACAACUGGUGGCAGUUUGUAGACCUCUAAAUUAAGCCACACACUUUGGAAAUUCAGGAAUAUCCUUAAUUUAAUGCAUUAGUCAUGGAUGUGCUUAUCAAUAUUAACAUUGUGCCAUUCCAGGAGUGACCACACACCUAAUAAUCCACAGUGCAAUGGCACAAGAAGAAGAGAAUUAUAAUUUUCUCAUGUAGAAAUCUAUAAAAGAGAAUAUAACUUUUAGAUUUAUGAUUAUAGUUAAUAUAGUCCAUCAUAAGCUGUGUGACCUUGAAGAAAGGACUUCCAACGAAUGGGCUUAACCACCUACAAGAGACAGAAAUAGAAGUGAUCUAUGUCAAAGAUGGUCAAAUGAUCCAUUCCAAGAGCAUUUCCACCUGGUGUUGAGUUUUCCAUUGCACAUCAGCCACUGGAAGAGUUGGUGCACGUGCCCUGACCUCCCAGUAAAAAGGAAAACUAAAUCUUACCUUAUUCAUCCUACUCUGGUGCAGAAAUGUAGGCAACUGGUAAGCUCAUGCAAAGUGCUGGUGAAGCAUCAGCAAUAUGUGGCACCAGUAUGUCUGAAGAAAAGAAGCUGACAGUGCUGGUCGGGAGCAGUCACUUGUGGUGCCAUAAGUAAAAGGCCCCAUUAUUGAUUCGUCAGCAGUCUCCAACCAGUAGGAAUCCUGAGCUAUGACCAUAUGUAUUGGUAAUAUGGUGUGCCUCCUUCAUUUUUGAGCAAAGUGUGGCUCCAGACCAUGACUCAAAUUUGUAUGUGGCUUACAAGAUACAAAAGGUUUGAGGACUUGAUUGGAGUAUGGACUACAAUGGCGAUGAGUGUUUCUGUGAUGAUUUUUAUUGUGCCCAUGUAUAACACGUCAUCAGGUGGAAUUGCUCAGUUUCCAGUGAGGUCUGUUACCACCAAUAAAUGGCAGCAGUACUUUGAAAACAAAGUGGGUCAGACAUGAUUCUGUCUCCUGUGAAAAGAAAGGGUGAUAGUUUUUGGGGAAAAAACAGCUGGAGUUCAUCACAUGUCGAUUUUCAAAAGGGCAAUGUAAAAGCUAUUAAAGGGAAUCUGUCACCAGAAAAUUGACCUUGUAGGGCUAACUCAGCUGAGUGUAGUGACACCUUUCACUUAGCGAUCCAUUGCUUCCUUCUGAAGAAAGUUCUUUUAACCCAUAUGCAAGUGAGUAGUUAAGUGCACCAAGGGCAGGACCAAAAACAUUCUUGAUUAACAGGGCUAGGCAAGAUGACUGUGUAGGAACCUGACCCUGUCAAUCAAGGAGGAGAGGGAAGCCGGAGGAGCAAGGGUGCACAGAGUAGCUUGAGCCUGUCCUCUUUGCUCAUUUGCACGUGUAUUAAAAGUAGUUUUUCUCCAGAAUGAAGCAAUGAAUUGCUUAGUGAAAGAUAUCAUUCAGCUGAGCUAGCCUUACGAGAUCUUCUGCCUAGUCUACCAAUGAAUUUCCUAGUGAUAGAUGCCUGUUAAAAGACUUGUCCCAUCUCAGCCUUUUAUGGCUGACAUGGGAAUAAGCGCAGUAAGCACCAGCCCGGGGAGACUGAGGGACAGAAAUGGCCUGAGCAGUCGGUGCUCCACUGUUUCCUCCCAUAGCUAUUCAAAUAGCCAAGCACAGCAAGUUAUGGAAACAAUGGAACACCAGCCGCUUGGAUGUUACUGUAAGGCCGAAUGCACACGGCAGUGGUAUCCUGCUGAGAGCAGGAGCGCACGGCGUCAUUGGUUGCUAUGACGCCGUGCUCUUCAUGCCGCCGCUGCACUACAGUAAUAC